AUGAUCCUGACAGGCGGAAGACUCGAACAGAUCACAUCUUGUAACAUCUUGACCAAUGACGAUGAUAUUAUCGACAUUUUUUCAAUCGAGUCCGACGUAAGCUGCAGCAGUAUUCCGAAAGUUGUUUCAAUCACACUGAAGGAUAGCGAAGGAAGAGCAGAGGAAGUGGAGGUUGCUUUAAUGGAUGGCGGUGCAAUGGUGGCAGGGUUGGAUGAGCGGUUGUAUGAAAGGGUGAAGGACCAGAUCUCGGGAUGGGAGCCUUCAACAAAGCGUCUCAGAAUGGCAAACGGCACCGUGAUACGAGCCAAAGUGCAGUGGCGAGGAAAGGUGUUGUUCCAGGGCUCAGAAGUUGAUGGGAUUCUGCAAGUCUUUAAUAGUGGUGGCAGCUGGGAUGUCUUGUUUGGGAAGCCACUGUUGCAGGCAUUUGGAGUUGUGCAUGAUUUCGGAAAUGACUCGGUGGUGAUAAAG